AUGGUAAAUCCGAGCGACGAAGCCUCCGAAGGACAAAAUGUGAAGGAAGACGAAAAGGAGAAGACGUCAGAUACGAUUGAUGCUGUUGAGGAAGAAGAGGAUGUGGAGGCUUUAACUCAUGCUGACGUUAUGGAUUUAUUUGAGGAAGGACUCGCCCGCCUCGUACAAGAUCCUUUACUCUGCGAUCUUCCCAUUCAGGUGACGUUGGAGGAAAUCAAUUCCCAGAUUGCACUAGAGUACGGCCAAGCAAUGACUGUGAAAGUUUUAAAAGCCGACGGAGAAAUAAUGCCCAUCGUAGUGGUGCAAGACGCCAACGUGCUGGACCUGAAAAAAGCCAUCCGCAGGUUCGUGACACUCAAGCAGCAACGUGAAGGUGGCGUGAGGCACAUCAGCUGGAGAUACAUUUGGAGGAAUUACACUCUAAUGUUUCAAGGGGAGAAGUUAGAAGAUGAUCGCAUGAGGCUGAAAGAUUACGGAAUCAGGAACAGAGACGAGGUGACGUUCAUCAAGAGGCUCAGGAGGAAGUGA